UUCUGAGACAUCAGUACCUCUGGAUCCAGCUAAGAAAGCAGCAUAUCUCCAGCCUCACACCAUGGAAAUCCAGCUUCAGGACCCUCAACACCAACAGGAUUGUGGUGAUGUGAUAAGAAUAAAGAAAGAAGAACCUGAUGAAAAGCAGGAACUUACUGUAGAUACGGAAUCCCAAGAAAAGUUAUCAGACCAAAUCAAUGGAGAGGCUUUUGAAUGUGGAGAAACCCAAGAUCAUAAAGGAUGGAUGGAAAGAUAUCAGAGAAACACUUCAAAUGAGAAAAGAUACAAGUGUGAUGAAUGUGGGAAAAGAUUUACUCUAAAGUCAAGUCUCAUUAGACAUAAAAGAAUCCACCCUGGAGAGAGAUCCUAUUCAUGUAAUGUAUGUGGCAAAACUUUCAUUCAGAGCUCAGAGCUUACUGACCAUCAGAGAAUACAUAGCCAGUUAAAACCACAUCAGUGUGAUGAGUGUGAGAAAGGCUUUUAUUACAGGGCACAUCUUGUUCAGCAUCAAAGGAUCCACUCUGGAGAAAAACCUUUCCAAUGUAAUGAGUGUGGGAAAGCUUUUCAUUAUAGCGCAGGCCUUAUUCGACACCAGAGGACCCACACAGAAGAGAAACCAUACCAGUGUAAUUACUGUGGGAAAGCUUUUCAUUACAACUCGGGCCUUAUUCGACACCAGAGGACCCACACAGGAGAGAAACCUUACCAGUGCAACGACUGUGGGAAAGCUUUCUGUCUGAGCUCACACCUGAUACAACAUCAGAGAGUUCAUACUGGAGAGAAGCCAUACCAGUGUAGUGAGUGUGGGAAAAGCUUCAGCCAGAGCUCAGGCCUCUUCCAUCACCAGAGAAGCCACAGUGGGGAGAAACCAUAUGAAUGUGAUGAGUGUGGAAAGGCUUUCAGUCAUAGUUCAGCUCUUGUUGGACACCAGAGAAUGCACAGUGGAGAGAGGCCCUAUGAGUGUGAUGUGUGUGGGAAAGCUUUCGGCUAUAGCUCACAUCUUCUGGGACACCGAAGAAUCCACACCGGAGAGAAGCCAUAUGAAUGCCAUGUGUGUGGAAAAGCUUUCCGGCAGAGCUCACACCUCAUUGUACAUCAGCAAAUCCACACUGAAGAGAAGCCCUGGUAAUGUCCAGAGUUAUGUAGAAUUUUCCAUCUAUACUCAUUCCUGUGGGACAUCAAAAAAGCACAGCUAGAUGUAGGGAACUCUGUGAUCACUAUUGCAAUUUCAGCAGUCACUCAGAAAUACUUAUAGAAGCUGAGAUAGACAAGCACCUGACAGUUUACCAAACAAAACACUGAUGUUCUGCCACUGAGCACAUCAUGUGAUGAACUAGGACAUUGGAAGGGUUCAUUUCAUUAUUCUGAAACUUUUCUUCUCUGAAGCAAGUGGCUCCAGCAAUCUAAA